AACGAUAAAAAUAUAAAAUUGUCGAAAAAGAAAGGAAAAAAAAUGAUCAGGCGUGCUCUAUCUUUCGCAAUACCCACUUCACCGUCGUCGCCAGCUUGCUCGCAACGAUGAGCAGCAGCAAGAGCAGCAGUAGUGGCAGGCUCUUCGGUCCAACGGCGGCUCACCACCACCCUCCUCCCUGCACCCGCACCCAUCAGAUCCUCGCCCUUGCCCUAGUCAUCACCACCUUCUUCCUCACCCGUCUCUUCCACCAGUCCCUCUACCGGUGCUCCUCCGUGGCGUCGGAGUAUGGAUCCGGCAACGACGUCGUUCCCUUCUCCGAUAUGGCCUCGAUCUCCUGGCCCCAACGCGGUUAUGGGACCCAUCUGUCCCUAAAAAUCUACGUCUACGAUGAGCGCGAGAUCGACGGCCUCAAUCUGCUACUGUACGGACGGGAAGGGAAGAUUUCCCCCGAUUCUUGUCUUAAAGGACAAUGGGGUACUCAGGUUAAGAUACAUAGGCUGCUCUUGCAAUCACGAUUUCGGGCUAGGAGGAAGGAGGAAGCAGAUUUGUUCUUUGUGCCAAGUUAUGUUAAAUGCGUCCGAAUGAUGGGUGGUCUGAAUGAUAAAGAAAUAAAUCAAACCUAUGUUAAGGUGUUAAGUCAAAUGCCAUAUUUCAGGUUAUCUGGAGGCCGCAACCACAUAUUUGUUUUCCCAAGUGGAGCUGGAGCACAUUUGUUCAAGUCAUGGGCAACCUACUUGAAUCGUUCUAUCAUUCUUACCCCUGAGGGUGAUCGAACAGAUAAACGAGACACUAGUGCUUUCAAUACAUGGAAAGAUGUUAUCAUACCUGGGAAUGUUGAUGAUGGGAUGACUACCUCUGGGUCUAGGCUAGUUGAGCCUUUGCCUUUGUCAAAAAGGAAAUACUUGGCCAAUUUUCUAGGCCGAGCACAGGGAAAGGUUGGUCGUCUUCAAUUGAUAAAGCUUGCUAAGCAGUUCCCAGAUAAGUUGGAAUCUCCAGAGUUGAAAUUCAGCGGUCCUGAUAAACUGGGAAGAGUGCAAUAUUUCCAACAUCUUCGCAAUGCCAAGUUCUGCCUGGCUCCACGUGGUGAAUCGUCAUGGACCCUUCGCUUUUAUGAGUCCUUUUUCGUGGAGUGUGUUCCAGUCAUCUUAUCAGAUCAUAUCGAAAUGCCAUUUCAGAAUGUCAUAGACUACACCACGAUAUCAAUCAAAUGGCCAUCCACUCGGAUAGGACCCGAACUUCUGGAGUAUCUAGAAUCAAUACCUGAUAGGGACAUCGAAGAGAUGAUAGAUCGAGGCAGAAAAGUGAGGUGUCUGUGGGUUUAUGGUCAAGCUUCGGAUGCUUGUUCGGCGUUUAAUGGAAUCAUUUGGGAACUUCAGAAGAAAGUUAGGCAAUUCCAUCAGUCCACAGAAACAUUCUGGCUUCAUAACCGAACCAUUGUGAAUAGAGAUUUGGUGGAAUUCCACAAAUGGAAUCCACCAAUGCCUUUACCUUGAGACUGCCUUUUUUCCCUUUUAGGUCAUGUUUUCCUAAACUUAUUUUUUUUACUUAUUAUUUAUUCUUAUUUAAAUGCAUCCAGAUCUGAUUAGACUAGAUCAGAUCAGAUGGAACUUUUUUCAAUCAAAUCAAAACUAAUUAGAGCAGACCUAAUCAAAAGAUUGGUGCAUCAGAAGACUAGAUUAGUCUUUCAUCUAAGUCUAAAAAUCCGAGGAAGCUCUAUUAACGAGAUAUAUACUGCUAGCUUGCGUGCUCGCUGGAAGGAAGCAUUGG